AUGAUGCAUGAUCUCGUAAAGGCCAGCUCGUGGGCUUUGCCACUGGCCUCCCUCUUCGCCAACGUCGCCAGGACGGAAGACGUGUCAUACAUUUACCUGGACAACACGGCAUACCUCGCCAACGCAUCCAAUGUCGUAGAAAUCUCUUGGCCUGCUCUACAGGCGCUGCUUUUCUCGGUGACCACGGAGGACGUCAAGACCAACGUGGCAGCCAUCUCAUACGGAGUCCCGCCAUCGCUGAUGAACAGCGACGGCUUUCCCAAGCGCAUGGACCCGUCGUGGUACAUCUGCCAGCACUACUACCAAGAUUUGAAGAGCAGUCUCGUCAAGUCUUGGGGCUCCUUCGAGAGCGAGACGGGCAAGACCUCGGCGUUGUCUUCGUGUCCGGCAACAGCAGCUACCAACUCCAUUACAGGCGGCACCGUGAGAGACGGCGUGUCAGGUGGGUUGACGGGCCUCUGCUCCUUCAACUGCGACUAUGACCGCUGCGAAGAGAACGCGUGCGUCUGCACGAAGUCCGCUUCGGCGGCAGCGGCGUUGCCCACGCGAUCAGGCGUGCAAGGGUGUCCGGGAUCGGGUCUGGACAAGAACAGUUACGACUACGAGUACUUUAUGCUGUUUUCAUUCGAAGAGAUGGGCGCUGCGCUCAUGACACGGCCGCCGCCCGGCGACGACCAUCGGGACGCACUCCGUGGCCACCGGCUGCCGACUGCCCUUGGCCACUGGGUCUCGGCGUGCGUGAUACACGGUAUCCGGCACAAUGAAGCUUUUGCAAUGUCGGAGCCCGUCCGGAGGCUCUGCUCAGAAUCGGACAACAACGCCUUUUCCCGCGCCCGCAACGCCCGGCUUAUCAUGAGCAACACCAUCCCGGAAAUGACGACCGACGACGACAAGCCGUAUUGCAUUUGGUAUCCGGACGUGGCUAGCGAGGGAACCUACCGCGAACUGGCAAAGCGUUACCCCGACAUGCGGUAUGUGGUCGGCCGGGCCUGUGCCGUCGCCGGCUAUGCUGGUCUCUACGAUGAACUUGGGCUCCUGCCUGAAAUCUCCAUCGCGGAAGAGGCCAGAGACAAUUUUUCAAAGGACGGAUCUAAAGCCAUAUUCGACACCAUAAUGCGACAGCCUGUGUGUUACGCAAUCCUCGACGACUACACCCGGUCUUCCCACCCCGAUAGCCCAUCGUCGCCCGCGUUCAUGAACGGCGACACGGCUGUGCGGUCCUCAUUGGACGUCCGACUCGGGCUGGACAAGUACCAGGAAUGGGGCAAGCACUACUUCAAUAUCGCCGAAGACUGCAAUAUCGACGAAACCUCAUCGGAAAAGACCAACAACGAGGAACUCUCCCCUGAGCAUAUUGCACUCUUCUACACGCCCCUCCUCUCGCAUCUGCCGACUACCAACAAGGACCCGCUGAUCCUGAUGGCGGCUUACGAAGGGAAUAUUGAACGCUAUGUGCGUCUCCGCCGGCCGAAGAUGCUCCACGACGAGCACGCGGCCGUCAUCCGCGGCAUCUACCACAACACCACGUUUGCCAAGUGGUGGUCGCUUCAGGAAAUCGAUCCGAGAAACCGCGCCAUCAAGACCGCCAUCUUGGCGCGCUCCAUCAUGGUCAACGACCUGUCACACAUCACGCCCUCCAGCCCCGGCAAAUACGAGAUGCCCGCGAUGAUCUGGUGGCCCUUGAUCCCGGCGGAAGAGACGUUGAAGGAACUCGUCCGCCGCCGGCCGGAUAUGAAGCUGCAGGUGGCCAUGGCAUGCAUCGCGGGUGACUACAGAGUCCUCUGGGAGGAUCUCGCGCCGCAGCCGUGUUCGGAGCUCUGGGACCAGGCGCGGCAGACAGAAUCUCACAACUGGCAGAACAGUCCCAACAGAAACUACUACGUCGACUAUCUGGAGCAACGAGCCAAGGAGCUGGGUCGCGACAUUGUCGAUAUGCCAACGAAUUCCGAGUGUGAGGAUGCGGCGGUCCGCGAUAAGGAGCCUACGACGAGGUGGCUCGACCCGGUGAUCUGUGGGCAUGAUUAUGCGUUGAUGGACUCUAAUCCCGACGGCGAUGUCUAUUCGGUGGGGGGCCAGGCUAAUGCGGCCAGUUGGGAGUUGUUCAUAUGCUCGAGCGAGGAGAUGAGGCGACUGGCACGGGAGGAGAAUGGGCUUAGAUUGUACGAUGACUAG